CAUAAGAACGUAAGGAACCGUUUCAGUGUUUUCGUAAAAAAAUACUUCGAAUAUGAGUUCAAUACGAGCGUGCGUGGUUUUGUUUGUGUUACUAGUGCAGUUUCAAUCAAUAAUUUCAAAGCCCUUUUUUAUGGAUUUAAUAUGCGACUUAAUAUGUGAUGAUGAUGACGAUACAUCAACAACAACGACGAGUGCAAGUACAGAAGAUGAUUAUUUCGACUUUUGUGACUGUACCCCUACAACGCGUCGCCCUAACAACAUGCGUGGUCAACCUUUUGCCCCGUCACAAUUCAACAUAAGAUUACCACCUUCAAAUGGAAUGAACCUCAGCAUGAUCAACACCAAUGGAAUUUGGUCAUUCGGCUUGGACGCUCUUCAGAAUGGACAAGUAACGCCACCCUUCGCCAAUGGUCCUACCACACUUUCUCCAACAACAGCUGGCGGUACCACCGCUGCAGGCACAACUGCGGCACCUACCACGGCUAAAAAAUAAAUAAGUUUUUGUGUGUAUGUGCUGAGAUAUCGCUUAUCGCUGGGAUUUGUUAAAUAUAUUUAAAAUAAUUCAUUAAAUUAUAACCUAUAAGAAUUCAAUAACAAAUCAACACUCAAAUAAGGAUAAUGCAUUUUGCAAAAACAUCUUUUUCUUGUAGAUAUUCGAAUAUUUUUAUUGCAACAGUUUUAUUUUAUUUUAUUGUUAAGUAUACAUAUGUAUGUAGAUGUACUCUAUAUAUACUAAGGCUUAUAAUAUGAAUAAAAAAACGCGUGGAUGCAAUCGUCAUAGCAUAUAUUUCAUUAUAAAAUACAAAAAAUACUACACGUAAUAUUUUUAGUUACGACAAAUAUAUAAUUAUGUAAUUAUUCUUACAAAGCUAAAUUAAAUCACAGACACAUUACUCUAAAAUUUGAAAGCA